AUGCGUUUCCUGAGCAACCUCCCGCUGUUAGCUUUUGCGUGCUGCACGACAACCAUCUUCGCUGCUGGAACGCCAGAGGCACCAUGUCUAAACCAUCCCGAGGCUGCCAACAUUGCCUUGCGUUGGUUCUCCAUCUUCCAAACUGAUUCCACUGGCAAGGGCACCGGUGCCGCUCUCGUCAAUAAUACGCUCGCGAGCAACUUCAGCUACACCGACGAGGGCGCCACAUUCGGUGACCCAACGCCCCUAUAUAGUAAUCGCUCCGCCGUAUACGACUCGGUAUCUGGGAGCGGAUACAGUGGCGCAUUGGUGACAGACGUACAGUACUUGGUGCUGUACGUCUUUUCCAAUUGCGACGUCAUUGGUGCGAGAUGGCAGAGUGAUUCUCUAAGUGCCAACGCGACGAAUCUGACUGUGCCCGUCGGGACUAAGAUUAAGUAUCUGGGGACGGACUACUUGCAAGUGGAUCUUGCUUCGAGGUUGAUCUAUAAUGCCACGUCGUCGUCGGAUCUGUUGAACUACUACAUGCAGCUGGGCGACAAUGUUCUAGCUUCCAGCUAG